AAGAAAAUGUUUCUUCUAUUUUUUUCACUACUCAUCGCUACGUAGCGCUAGUGGCGUGUUUUCUCGUAAACAAAAUGCACUUCCUUAAUAAUAAAAGAGGCUCGCCAAGAGCGUGAAAGGAAGUAAGAUUUCGCCAUCGACAUACAAAUAUUAGACUAAAAUGUCAAUCUUUAAAAAUAAUCAAGAAAAAUAAGAAGGACAUAAUUGUGAAAGUAAAUUUCGCUUUUAAUUUAAUUUAACUAAGAAUUUAAUAUCUUCUUCCAAACUUGGAAUCCAAGUAAAUAAUUAUUUCAGAUAAGUAAAAUUUAUAUUUGAUUCAAACAACGGAUAAACUUUUCUAAAGAAAUUGUAAUAUUUUAAUUCAAAUAUACGUUUUUCUUCGUUGGACUCUAGAUAGUAAGUAAACCGAAUAUUUGUUUGAAGCGAAUAUUCUUGUUUGAAGUAUUACUAAGAUUGAGAAUAUGUUUUAAGUAAAUGUGAUACUUACAGCAAGUUUAUUAUAGAUUUGCGGAUAUUGAAAGAAACCAUUUACUUAGAACAAAUAAUAUUUACUUGGAAUUAGUAAUUAUUUUUCUGUGUGUAGGGUGAUUCGGCGAUCGCGUCGCGAGUAAUGCCAUUUGAGAAAAUCUAUAUUCUUGCAUGUCUGGCCCGCACGAAGACCUUUCGCAUGCGACCCGAAUGCAAAAAACAAGUGAGACUGACGAUCCUAGCGGCACCUUUAUAACGCGAAAGUCCACUAUGGAUAAGAACAAGUGAUAUAAAAAUUGUCGAGUAUCAAGUAACAGGUGAAAAUGAAUCGAUAUAUAACUUUGAAUCAAUUGGGUGACGGAACCUUUGGUUCCGUUGUUCUCGGAGAACGUAUCGAUACAGGUGAAAAAGUGGCUAUAAAGAGAAUGAAAAGAAAAUAUUAUUCUUGGGAGGAAGCUAUGAAUCUGCGAGAAGUAAAGUCAUUGAAAAAACUUAGUCACGCAAACGUUGUAAAACUGAAAGAAGUUAUACGAGAAAAUGACGUGUUGUAUUUCGUAUUUGAAUACAUGAAGGAAAAUCUCUAUCAACUAAUGAAAGAUAGAGACAAACUUUUUCCGGAGCCGGUAAUAAGAAAUAUGGUGUAUCAAGUAUUACAAGGUCUUGCUUUCAUGCAUAAACAUGGUUUCUUUCACCGUGAUAUGAAGCCAGAGAAUUUGUUAUGUAUGGGCCCUGAAUUAGUAAAAAUUGCUGAUUUUGGAUUAGCGAGAGAGAUCCGAUCGAGACCGCCAUAUACGGACUAUGUAUCAACAAGAUGGUAUCGGGCACCGGAAGUGCUGCUACAUUCCACGACUUACAACAGUCCGAUUGACAUUUGGGCAGUCGGCUGUAUAAUGGCCGAGCUAUAUACAUUCAGACCUUUAUUUCCUGGCAAAAGUGAGAUUGACGAAAUAUUUAAAAUAUGUUCUGUAAUCGGAACACCUGAUAAAGAAGAUUGGCCAGAGGGGUAUCAAUUGGCUACAGCUAUGAAUUUUAAAUUCCCAAAUUUUACGCGUACAUCAUUGACUGUGUUGAUACCAAAUGCCAGUCAAGAGGCGGUCAUUCUUAUGGAAGAUAUGUUACAGUGGAAUCCUAUAAAAAGACCAACGGCGCAACAAGCGCUUAGAUAUCCAUAUUUUCAAGUCGGCGAUCCAUAUAUCAUUAAUAGUAAAAAAAUUGGUGUCGUAUCUCAACGAGAUUUCGUUAUGAAUAAAAUAAAUCUUCCACCUCCUGCGCCCAAGCAACACAAUUAUUCUCAGGAAGAUGUCAUUAAUAAUUUAAUUCAAUCGAGAGCACCAGAAAAGAUGCUUGUUGAAUCACAACAGCAGGCAGCAGUCUUACCGUUGCUAAAUCAUAACAAUCACAGUAAUGCCUCUAAAUGGGACGAGGACAAUUUUGCUGAUCUUCUAGGAAGCAAAAUUGUGCCAGAAAAUCCAAACGCGACAUUAAUCCCAAAUCGUGUAUGCAAGGAAAAUUGUGCCAAUUGGAAUGCAAACUAUCAACAAUCCGACAAUUUGCAUAGCAAUGCGAAUUGGUCCUUACCAACGUGGAAGGAAUCACCUUCGAGAAUGUCGAGGAAUCAAUCAAAUCAGUCCAACCAAACCAAGAACAUGCGCAAAGUCUCGGCAAAACAACACUAUCUUAGUGUGGCUCGAUAUGUCGCAGGCCAGAGCACAAAUUUGCCAUCCAGAAAUGAAGACUCCAAUAUCAAUCAAUCUAAAUUGUUAUUGAAUGGAUUCAUUGGUCAGACAACAGCCAAUAAAUAUGAGGAUUUUACAGACUCAUUUUGGAGGCCUAGAAAUAAUAUUGAAAGUCAGACAAGGCAACAUUAUCUCGCACGAAAUCGCUACAUCACCGAACAAAAUUUGAGAUUACCUUAUCCUAGCGUAUAUGGUACUCAAAAUAUCAAGAGUUCGAAUAAGCCCAUGUUUCAACCAAACUUGUUUGGGAAUGUUUUCAACACGAAAGCCAGCAGUGGACCUCAUGGUCGAAUAAAUUGGGCAGCGAAAUACCUCAAAUGACUGUUGUAGAAGUUCGUUUUUAUCAAAUCAAUAAUUUGUCAUUGUGGCCUUUUUUAGGCGAAUUUCAACUGUGAUAGAACAAUCAUUGUCGUUCCAUUGUGUGGUAGAGAUGCAAGUAGAAAAAACACAUUUUUUCCAUAAAGUAAAGUUUUACGAAAGAAUUGAGAAGUAAUGUGUUACUUGUAACAGCUUUACCUUUUUUUGUAACAAUCGUAAUUUUUUUUCUACCUGUAACGAUAAUAGUGAUGGUGUUAAAUUUAUACAAUAACGAAUUUUAUUUUAUAAACGUAUGGAUUAUGGUUGAAAUUAAUCAAAACUAUUAUUAAUUUUAUAUUUAAUUUAUCAGUGAAAAAUAAUUAUUACUUUCUAAGCAACGGUAACACGUUACUUUUUAAAAAUUAACAGUAAAAAACAGUAAAAAGUUAUUUAGAUUUUUAUGAAGUAACUAAUCCCUCUGGUCAUACUUUAAUUACAUGGAGUGUGACAUGUCUGACAGAACGGAAUCAUUAUGAUCUUGAAUUGCAACAUUUUCAUAUGAUCAAAGUUCUAUUAAAAGAGAUAUUAUAAUAUAUAGAUUGCUAUAAGUCAUCCAUGUUAGUUGAUCAUGUAUGAAAAAGUUUAAUUUUCUGAGAAAUAAUGAUUCGGAAAACGAUAAUGUAUAUAGGUAUAUUAUAAUUAUACUAUACCGUGUAUGUGUACACACACACACACACACACACACACACACACACACACACACACACACACACACACACACACACACACACACACACACACACACACACACACACACACACACACACACACACACACACACACACACACACACACACACACUUGUAUAUAUUAAUUAUAUACCGCAUAAUCUUUUUGUGACAUUUGAUUAUAAUAAAACGAUUUUCGAAAAUCAUGUUCUAAAUUAUAGAAUAAAUAUUAAUUAAAUACUUAUAAUAAUAUUUUUCGCUCGUUUUUCUAAAUAAUAGAAUAAUGAUAACAAGAGAGGUCGAUUAAGGCGAGCAACUAUCAGAUUGAAUAUAAUGCUAAAGUACAAACCCCAAUAAUAUUGGAGUGAACAUCCGCUCCAAAACGGUCAUUCUAUGUGGAUGUGAUCAUAGAUUUGAGGUAGAAACGAUGUAAAAAUUUUACGAACUUUAGAAACAUCCUUAUAAUAUGCACAUAUGUAUUCGUUAGAAAAUUUCUAACGAAUAUUUCAACAUUUAUCGACAUGCGCUACUUUCACGAUUCACACUGUUACUUGACACCAUUCCUAUUUAUACUCUUUAAUAUUGUAAAAUUAGAUAUUUAAAUUUAGAUUGUUAGACUGAUAAAGACUAAGCAAGUCGAAACGUAUCUUUUAAAUUUUUGAAUAUUAAUAAAGGAACUUUGUACUUUAGCAUUAUAUUCAAUCUGGUAGUUGCUUGUCGACCUCUUUUGUUAUUAUUCUAUUAAAUACGUUAUAUAUUCGAUUGAAAAUUCAUGUGAAAAAUAAUAUUACACCGUGUUAUAUCUGAUAUAAAACAUAUACAAAUAUGACAUUAGAACAAAAAAUAUAACAUAUAACAAAUAAGUAAUAUACACGUUUUCUAUUAUAUGUAUGCAUUCAUUUACUAUACUUUUUCCUGUGUUAUUCUGUUAUUUUAUAUUCCAAAGACUUCAAUGUCUUGUUACAACUCUUAAAAACUUUAUAUUCUUGUACAAAAUAAUUUUAAUUUAGCAUUACAAAUGUAUGAAAUUUUAA